AUGUCUUCAUCUGGCGAUGCGGAAAACGAGGAAUUCUUCCGCUACUCUGGCGGACGCUGGCUAUGGGACGAAGAAAAGCAGCUCCGGGACCGGUACAAACGCUUCAAUAUAUCGGAGCUCAAAAAUAUCGCGGCCAAAACGGUUGGAUCCCAUGCUUGCGUGUCUAUGAUCAAGCUUGCCGAGGGCGGAUUCAACAAAGUCUUCCGACUUAUGAUGGAUGAUGGUAACGUUGUCAUUGCGCGAAUACCGAAUCCCAACGCUGGGCCGUCUUUCAGAACCACUGCUUCUGAAGUUGCAACCAUAGACUUUGCUCGUGAUAUCCUUGCCGUCCCGGUUCCUAAGGUCUUGUCUUGGAGUGGUAAUGCUAAUAACCCUGUUGAGUCGGAAUACAUCCUGAUGGAGGAAGCCAAUGGGACUCCACUCCACGAGCUGUGGGAUGGUUUCGAGCUCCAUGAUAAGCUCAAGAUAGUAGAUGAAAUUGUGGCCCUUGAGAAAAAGCUUCUGUCAAUCUCGUUCACGCGUUACGGCAACCUUUACUACGCGGCGGACGCCUUUCCAGGCUGCGAAAAGGCCGAGAUUGAUGGCGAGGCUUUGCAGUCACAGAGAGAUGAGACGGAAAGGAGAUUUGCCAUCGGUCCGGUCGUCGACACGAAUUUUUGGAUCCAUGGCAGAGGAGGAAUGAAGAUCGACCGUGGCCCCUGGAAACACCCUGAGGAUUAUCUCAAGGCAAUAGGCCUCCGCGAAAUCGAAUGGCUACGUUGCCACGCCGCACCUAAGCACGGACCCGGGAUGUUCUCCGACUCAGCAGCGCAAAAUACUCCCAGCUGCCACAUCGCGUUGUAUGAGAAGUUCAUCAGCGUGGCAGAUGCAUUACUACCGAAGAAACGCGACCUGGUCAGAUCAACACUCUGGCACUGGGAUAUCCGCGCGUCUAAUCUUUUCGUUCGCAACGGUCAAAUCACCAGCGUAAUUGACUGGCAGGAUGUCUGGGCUGGCCCUUUAUUCCUCCAAGCCCGUCAUCCGCACCUGAUCAGGUACAAUGGAGAGGUUAUGCUCAAGUUGCCUCCCAAGUACGAAGGCCUGGCCGACGAAGCAGAAAAGGCCCGCAUUCGAGCACAGGUUGAGAAGUCCCUUGCGCUAUGGGUCUACGAGUCCGAAACCAGAAAGUCCAACCCGAUCCUCCACGAGUUGUUUCACAUGCCUCAAUGGCACUUGAGGCGUGAUGCAGUUAACUUCGCUGCCAACACGUGGGAACGAGACAUCGUGCCGUUUAGAGAGUGUCUGAUUCGUAUUGUCCGCCACUGGAAUGAAAUCACAAACGAGACCCCUUGCCCCAUCAGUUUCACAGACGAGGAACUUGAAGCCCACUACCGCGACGCAGAGGGGUGGAACGAGCAAGCCGACUUCUGGGACUCCCUGGAACACCUUGUCCAUCGCGACGGAUGGACCUCGAACGAGACGUACGACCAGGCGCUUGAGCUGUUUGCAGAGUUGAGAGAACAGGGGUUACAAAACCUAAGUGGGGAGGAACGACGAGCUUUCGAGCAGCAGACUAGGUGGGCUUCGAGAGCUAAUCCGAAGGUCUUGUGA